AUUGCUUUGGCGAAUACAGAUCAAAUCCCGACGCUGAAGAAGAUCGAAGCCGCUCUGAAGUUGACCGACGCGAAGAAGGAGAACCUGAAGAAGGCGUAUGAUGAACUCCAACGCCAUUCUUCAUCCGCGGCGUUCUCACUCUCGUGGUCCGAUCUCGACUCCCACUUUUCCUCCCACCAGGAUGACCUCACUCGCCGCUUCAGCCUCGUACAAUCCCACGGCCUUGCUCUUCCUCGCCAAGGAGUCGGCCCUUCUUCCUCGGACUCCGGCCAGCAGAACGGUGGUCCGAUUGAGGCCGAGGCGGGGAGAGACCUCGUGGCCAAUGGUGUAGAGGAGGAGAAAGCUGGGGUUGACUCUGACCCCGGCUCUGCAAUGCGGGUCUCUCCGGAAGUGGGAGGACCCAGUCCAGCUAGAGCUGAGUUGGUACUCUUUUGCGAGAAGCUGGAUGGGAAAGGGUUGAGAGACUACAUUAGCGACCAUGCCAAGGAGCGAAUUGAGAUUCGGGCUGAACUUGCAAGUGCAAUUCAUGUGAGCAGUGACCCAGGUUCUAUGGUUUUGAAUGCAAUGGAGGGCUUCUAUCCAGGGAAUUCGGCCUCAAAAGGAGAUAAAGACCCGGAAUUGUAUCGUCUAAGGAAGAGUUGUUUGGAUUUGCUAGAUGUGUUGGUUGAUAUCAAGCCAAAUGUUAGCGAUGAGGUGAGGGAGAGUGCUAAACAGUUGGCAUUGGAGUGGAAGGGCAAAGUGAGUUUGAGUGGGGAGAGCCCUUCUGAGUCGUUGGCGUUCUUGAGUUUGUUGGCAGUGUAUGGAUUGCGGGAUCAGUUUGAUGUUGGUGAGCUUGUGGUUUACUUUGUUGUCAUUGCGAGGUUUAAGCAAGCAAUUACUCUGUGCCGAGAUAUUGGUCUGGGAGAUAAGACUGCAGUUCUUGUGCAGAAACUUAUAGAUGGUGGCAAACAGCCUCUGGCUGUCAAAUUUGUUUUUGAAUUUGGAUUGACUGACAAGUUUGAAGCAGUGCCGCUGUUGAAAGCAUAUCUAACGGAAUGCAGAAAUUCCACUAACCAAGCUUGCAAGGAUGGAAAGAUUCCCAUCAAGACACAGAAUGAGGCCAAAUCCAAGGAAGUUAGUGCACUGAAGUCGGUACUUCAAGUCAUCGAUGAGCACAAGCUUCAAUCUGAGUAUCCACGAACGGAAAUUGAAAAGCGUAUGGAGACUUUGCAAAAGCAGAAGACUGAUGGCAAACAGGCUACACCAUCUUCUGCCACGAAGCCUCAACAGCAGCAGCAGCAACAACAACAGGCAAAGAAGAAGAAGCAAGUGCAAGCGAAAUACCAGCCCCAAGCAAAGAAGCAGCAACACCAUCAGCAGCAUUACGGAAAUAAGCGCUUGAGAACAAAUGGACCGGCACUUCCAAUGGUUGCUUCUGGAUCAACAGUCCAGCGUCCAUUUCACCAACCUCAUUUGCAGCCAACAGGUUUGUAUCAUGCAGCUGGGGCCUAUGGGAUGGUGAAUGCCUCCCCUCCCAUUCCCCGUUAUGGGGGCUCAUAUGCUGGACUGUAUGGUUUCGCAGGAGCUGGAGUGGGCUUACCUGGGAACCCAAACCCUGCUGCUGCUGCUGCUGUGGCAGCACAGCAAUACCCUUCUGAGUCUCAAAUGGCGCCAGGGUUUUAUAAUGGGGGGCAAGCUGCUGCUGGUUAUUAUGAUGGAUAUGGUUAUCCACCUCAGCAUCAUCAAUCCUACUACCCUCAAUAGAUAUUUUAGCUACUGACCAUCUGAGUUAAUACAACUUUUGGUGGUAGUAUUUGUUUUGUCUGACAUACCAUGCUGAUCACCAGAAAAGCAUUUGCUUUUCUGGUUACCAUGCAUGCACUACAAUUAUCUUGGGUCAGCAGAUAUUGGCAUUGUUCAAUAUCUCUCUGUUUGCUUAUGAACCAAAACCCAGCACUUUGGCUAGGUUUAUUAUUUAAGCAAGAUUUAGAUCCCUGAACUGCUUAAAGGUUCAAUUUCCUGCCAGUAGCUGCAUUGAGAGUAGCCCAAUUUGGUUUCUUUGUUGGUUUAGGUUUUGCUUAUGAUAUCCAGCAGAUGACCAUUUACUAGCUUAAACCAAUAUGUCUGUCUGCGGCAAUGGCAUAUGCUUUCCCAAUAACCCCUCCUACCCCACAUUCAAACUCCAUGAAUGCAACAGUUUGCCCUUGCUCUGUAUGUAGGAUUAAAUAGUUGUUUUUAUCUUCGUCCACUUCUGUAUUUGCUGCUGCUGUUUUUUUCUUUCACAUUGGUCUUGCUUUUGUUUUUACUGCCUCUGCACAUUUUCGUUCUGAGACUUCUUUUUUCUUUUUCUUUCCGCA